UGUCAACAUACAAGAUGGCGAAGGCAAUGCUGAUGCUAAAGCAAAAAUGUUCCUUUGUUUCAGGUAGUCUUUUUCACAAGUAUGUUGGUCCAAGCUCCUAUUUUAUCCAAACCAAAACCUAUUCAAAUUUUGAACCGAAACUUGGAAAAGGCGGUCGCUCGUCCUUUAGCGGUGUUGUCGCCACGGUUUUUGGUGCAACUGGAUUUAUUGGAAGAUAUGUUGUCAACAGAUUAGGUCGUGUGGGAAGUCAGGUUGUUAUACCUUAUCGUGGAAAUGAAUAUGAUUACAAUCCACUCAAAGUUAUGGGAGAUCUUGGACAAAUGUUGUUUUUUGAAUACCACCUUCGCGAUGUAGAUAGCGUUGCCGACAUGAUGAAACAUUCAAACGUAGUCAUCAAUCUCAUAGGAAAAACGUUUUGCACAAGAAAUUUCACAUUCGACGAUUGUCAUGUGGAGGGUGCCAGAACUAUCGCGCGCGCUGCAAAACAGGUUGGAGUCCACCGUUUCAUUCACGUGUCCGCAUUAAAUGCUAACGAAGAAUCUACGUCCCAGUUCUUACAGUCGAAGGCUCGGGGUGAGAAGGCCGUACGAGAGGAAUUUCCCGACGCCAUUAUUCUACGACCGUCGGAUGUUUACGGUCACGAAGACAAGUACUUCAACUAUUAUUCAUAUUUUCGCAAUAUUCCGUUUGGCGUUCCUUUAAUCGAUGGGGGUAUGAACACGAGAAAAAGACCAGUUUUCGUUGUCGAUGUUGCCAAAGCGAUCAUUAACUCCAUGUACGUAGGAAAGCCAGGAAAUACCUAUGAAUUAUUUGGCCCGAAAGAGUAUUUUCUUUUCGAUCUCUUGGAUUACAUCUAUCGAAUGAACCGACGAAAAUUUAGACAUUACAACCUUCCUCGACCACUGUACAAUUUGGUAGCUUGGGCAGCUGAGCAAAGUAUUUUUGAUCCACGUUUAACACGAGAUAUGCUGUUUAGGCAAUUCAACACUGACGUACCGACCGAGGGGCUUCCCCGACUCCAAGACCUUGGUAUUGAGCCCACGGCUGUUGACAAAGCGGCCAUAACCGUGCUUCGGCGUCAUCGCGACCUAUGGACGUUUGAGGAGGCGUUGGACGAAGAAGAAAAGUGCAAACCGACCACUGCGUAUGUAUAGCUAUUGCAGUGGGAUCCUUUGAUUUUUUAUUACGGGAUGCAGAAUGUAUCGCCUGUUUUUUUACUGUGAGGAUCUAGAUUUUAUUUCGGAAAAAAAUUUUUUUACAGUAA